UGAUGAACAUCUGAAUUCACUCAGAGCAGCUUUUCCUUCAUGAAGAGACACAUUUUUGAGGCUGAAAAUGAGAGCGCUGGUAAUCCUUCUGACCAUAAGCGUCCUUCAGAUUUCACAAUGUGUUGUGCGGGUUUCGGACAGCGGGUACAGUUUCUCCCUGGAGGCAGUGAAGACCCUGAAAAGGCUUAUGGAGUUUGACACCAGCACAAACCCGUCACAAACCUACGGCAAUGCAGAGUCCCUGUGUGCCGACCCUGACCUGCCACGAGACUUCAGAGAGCUGUGUGGAAAACACAACAUCAAUCAAGUCUUCCAAAACCUGGUGAGAAUCAUCAGUCCUAUAGACCCCUGUGAGAUCUGUGCCAACGUGGCCUGCACCGGCUGUUAAUCCUGCACACGGCGACCUCCAGUUCAGGACUAUAUCAGUGCUGUCAAACAUGCACCAUCACUAGACACAACAUAUUAUAAGUGAAUUUGUACAACAGAGAGAAACAUAUAUUGAAGUGAGCUUGAUCAAAUGUUUGGGCUGCAUGGUACAAAUCAUUUAAGAUUAACAGAUACUGCCACCUAGUGAAUCUAUUAUGUGUGUUACAGAGAGAUCUUUUUAGGACAAAUAUUUUAGGGUAGGAUUAACCCUGUAAGUCAUCAUUACACUGUAACAAGUACACUGUAAUAUAAUGUAACCCAAUUGAAAGUUGUUGCAUUGUAUAUUUUGUUACAAUACACUGUUAAAAAUGCUUGGCUACAUGUAUAUGCAUAACUACAAACAUCUGAACACUAACCCUGCAGUAGUAACAUGUUGUUACUGUAUCAUAACAUGGUAAUUACACUGCAACAAACAAAUUUUAUAAUAAUAUAACCUCUUCAUUUUAUAGUGUCCUUGUAACACUGUACAUCUACUUAUUAUUAUGAGUAAACAAAAACUCUCUACAAUGCUGUAAUUACAGCCGUUGCACUUUAAUAAGCACAUGGUAAAACAAUGAGACGCUUUAUUUAAACUUCUAUCAUACAGUUAUAACAAGCAUACUAGAAAAUUGCAUAACACACACAUCACACAUGCUUACACUAAUAACAAUACAUUUGUGCAUAAUUAAUUGCAUCUAACCCUAAUAUGAUACAUGUUGUAACAUAAUACAGUAAUGCAGUGCAAACACUAUAGCAAAGACAUAAAGUGUAUCCCAUUUUACUUUACAAUAUAAUUUAAUAUUAUGAUUUUACUUUGUUACAUGUUACUUGUACUUACUGCAGUAUAUUAUUUUCAAAGUUCUAAGGGGUAGAAUUUUGUGUAGUGUAAUGUAUAUUAUCCAGGUUAUGAAAUGAAGAAAAUAUUCUGUGGUCUGGAAAUGAUUUUAAUUAAAUGAUUUUGUCUAUGUUA